UAAGCCCAGGGCAGUUUUAGAGGAAGAAGGGGGGCUGCCUAGGGCAAGUGUGCGUGGAGUGCCUUUGGAGGCCGACGGCGGAGCCCUUGCUUUGGGAAGAGCUUUCCCUUUUCCGGAACUCUUGCCUUUCUUUUCUGCUCGCUUGUCCUUGCUUUUUUCCCCUACUGAAUGGGCCGUCGUGGCGCUCCCUUUUCCCAUGCCUUGAACGCAAUGGGCGCGCCACGGUGCUUGUGUGGGUGGGUAGCUGGUUGGUGUUAAGGCGGCUUCAGGGCUGCUUUCCUCUUCGUUAUACUGAAGUGUAUCGCAGAAAAAAGUGAUGGAAGCUUUUCUGUGUCUUACCUUUGUGUGAAAUAUCUGCAGGAAAAAAUGGCAACAAAUAAGCCUAAAAGUCAGAAUUCUUUGGCUCUGCAUAAAGUAAUUAUGGUAGGCAGUGGGGGAGUAGGAAAAUCUGCAUUGACUUUACAAUUCAUGUAUGAUGAGUUUGUAGAAGAUUAUGAACCUACCAAAGCCGAUAGCUACAGAAAAAGAGUGGUCCUGGAUGGAGAAGAAGUUCAGAUUGAUAUAUUGGAUACAGCAGGACAGGAAGAUUAUGCUGCAAUUCGUGAUAACUAUUUUAGAAGCGGAGAAGGUUUUCUCUGUGUAUUUUCAAUUACAGAGCUUGAAUCUUUUGCUGCUACAGCUGACUUCAGAGAGCAGAUUUUAAGAGUAAAGGAAGAUGAAAAUGUGCCAUUUUUGCUUGUUGGCAACAAAUCUGAUUUAGAGGAUAGAAGACAGGUUUCUGUAGAAGAAGCAAAAACUAGAGCUGAUCAGUGGAAUGUUAACUAUGUGGAAACAUCUGCUAAAACACGAGCUAAUGUUGAUAAGGUAUUUUUUGACUUAAUGAGAGAAAUCAGAGCAAGAAAGAUGGAAGACAGUAAAGAAAAGAAUGGAAAAAAGAAAAGGAAAAGUCUAGCCAAGAGGAUCAGAGAAAGAUGUUGCAUUUUAUAACCAAAGUUUCAAACUCUCUUCUACUUCAACCACAAUAAAAUCCAUUAACAUAGAGCAUGUUAUUUGGAGGCUGUUAUGGCAGAAAUCACUCUUAAUAGUUGGGGAAUUCUAAUACACCACUUAAGGCAAGGUUGGGACAACACUGAAAAUCUUCAUUGGAAAAAAAUAGUUUAAAGAAAAGCAGAAUUUAAUCCACAUAACUUGUUUUCUUUUGCCAUGGUUCUUCUGAAUGUAGGGGAUUUUUUUUUCUCCCAUGGGCAAUUUAUUGAACUGUGAAUGAAAAAGCAUUACUUUUUAUGUUUUUCUUUAAAGCAUAUACUUUUAUAUCAGAUUUUUAUUUUAUAUCUUACUACCUUGAAAAUUACAGUGGUAAUGAAAAAAACUAAACAAAAAUAGUAAAUAAGCUUUCCUUUUUGUUAAGAAUUAUGCAAAUUAGAGAACAGAAACUAUCUUCUCUGCUUCUAUUGGAAUCAUUUAUUCAUGGACCUAGAUUAAUGGUAUAAACAUGACAAUAUUUGAAUAUGCCUUAAUUUAAGAGUAUAUCUUGCAACGCACUAAAUUGUAUGUGUGCAUCAAUGUGAAAUAUCUUCUAAUGCAGUUUUUGAGCAUUUUUACUAGCUAACAGUACAGUUGAUCAGAAAAAUGUGCCAUACUCUGAAUUUUGAAUUAUCCAGAAUGUAUAAUUUCCUUGCUUUAGUGAAAAUUGCUUUAGUAAAAGUCAACUGAUACAUUAAAUUUAAAAAUGAAGUGGGUGCAGUACAUUUCAAUUGGAAGUUUACUUCUUAAUUCAGAGAUACUGACAUUUACUUUUGUAAGUACUUUAUAUUUGCCUAUUUGUGGAGGAUAUUUUCCUUAGGUAGGAUAGCACUAUGCAUUUCAAAAGCACAAAUAAGGUUCCAUUCUGAAAAAUAUGUAAGCUGUUAGAGUUUAUUUUUCUCUGUUUAAUGGAAAUAUACUUUUCUCGUUUAUUUCAGUCAGCUGACUAUCUUCCUUUGCAAUAUCAAAAUACUGAUGAUAUGCUUCCAAAAUUGUCAUUAAAAUAUUU